AAAAUCUGGGCCUUUGGUGCGUUCUUAUUGAAGCCAACGUUGUCCGCGCAUUCUCUCUCCUUCUCUCUCUCCAACUAUUAGGGCCUUUUUAUCCUCAACGGGCUGAGCUAGGGUUCUGACUUCCGGCUUGGUUUUCUUUCACGGAAGUAGGAGUUUCUCCCAGGAGCCGGAUCGAAGGAUUCUGCUUUAAUGGGAAGAUACAGAAGCCGUAGCAGAAGCUACAGUCCCCGGCGUAGCAGAAGCCCUCCACGACGGAAGCGAUACGACGACCCUCGAGAAAGGUACAGGGGCAGCAGGUCAUACAGGGACAGGCGGUCCCCUGCUCCUUCCGGCUUGCUUGUUCGGAACAUUGCUCUGGAUACGAGGCCAGAAGAUUUGAGGAUUCCAUUUGAACGUUUUGGUCCAGUAAAGGAUGUGUACCUCCCUAAGAACUACUACACUGGGGAGCCAAGAGGCUUUGGAUUUGUGAAAUUCCGUAAUGCUGAUGAUGCGGCCGAGGCCAAGCAACAUAUGAACCAUCAGGUUAUUGGUGGACGUGAGAUAACAAUUGUUUUUGCUGAAGAGAACAGAAAAACUCCUCAAGAGAUGCGUACGAAUGCACGCAUAAGUGGGCGAUAUAAAAGGCGAUCUCCACCAAGGUCCCCAAGACGUCGAUAUCAUUCUUAUUCACGCUCGCCGUCACCAAGAAAUGACUCAAGAGACAGAGGCCGUGGCCGUGGGGCAAGGGGUGAUUCUUACUCGCCACCACGUUCACGUUCCAUCUCUCGCUCGCCCUCUCUUCUUGAUGGAAAGGAUUACAGGUCCAACAGGAGGUCACCGAGUCCAAGAGAUAAUGCUCAGAGCCCUCGGUAUGACAGGGACUCGAGAUCACCAAGUCCAAGGGGAAACAGUCGGAGCCGCAGAGAUGAGAGGGACUACAAGUCGGACCGGUCACUUAGCCCAAAGGGAAAUAGUCUGGGCCACAGGGAUGAUACUAGGUCAGACCGGUCACCAAGUCCAAGGGGAAACAGCCAGAGCCACAGAGAUGAGAGGGACUCCAGAUCAGACCGAUCACCAGGUCCAAUUGAAAAUGGUCGGAGUUGCCGGGAUGAGAGGGGCUCCAGGUCAGACCGAUCACCAAGCCCAAGGCGAAAUGGUCGGAGUCCAUCAAGGUCAAGGUCUCGGUCCUACAGCCCUCGUUGACCGGGUUCUUGGCCAUUAGCGUUUCAUUUAAUGUGGCCUUUCUCAGCUUUAGUCUAUAGUAUAGGUAGAGAGUAGAUACUAUGGCUUGUUAGGAAUUAGUGGCAUAGUUUUUUCUUUCACCUGUAAUAGUGUAUAUUGGGUACGAUGGAAUUGCAUAAUUGUUUUUUUUUUUUUUUUUUUUUUUUGAGGAUUGUAGCGUUUGGGAUACUACUUGAAUACGAGACUCGUUGGAAACAACUUAGUUUAUUAUAUUUCUGCUUCUCUAUA